GAAACCUCUCCAUGGUCUACUACCAAGGCUUUGUGCUGGAGGGAUUUGAAGGUGGUCUGGAGACUCAGGCUCUGCUCUUUGCUGUUUUCCUGACCCUGUACAUGGUGACUGUGCUGGGGAACCUCGCCAUGAUUGUGGUCAUCAACUUGGAUGCCCGCCUGCACUCCCCAAUGUACUUCUUCCUCAAGAACCUCUCCUUCCUGGACUUGUGCUACUCAUCUGUCAUUGCCCCCAAUGCCCUGGCCAACUUCUUCUCCCCAUCCAAGGUCAUCACCUUUGCAGGCUGUGCCACCCAGCUAUUCUUCUUCUCCUUGCUGGUCACCACUGAAGGCUUCCUCCUGGGCGUCAUGGCCUAUGACCGUUUCAUGGCCAUCUGCAGCCCCCUGCACUACCCCAUCACCAUGACACCUGGGAUCUGCGUCCAGCUGGUGGCCUUCUCCUUCGCGUGCGGCUUCUCCAUCUCUGUGGUCAAGGUGUACUUCAUCUCCAGCGCCACGUUCUGUGGCUCCAAUGUCCUCAACCACUUCUUCUGCGACAUCUCUCCCAUUCUCAAACUGGCCUGCACAGACUUCUCGACCGCAGAGCUGGUGGAUUUCGUCCUGGCCUUCAUCAUCCUGGUGUUUCCGCUGGUGGCCACGGUGCUGUCGUACGGGCACAUCACCCUGGCCGUCCUGCGCAUCCCCUCGGCCACUGGCCGCUUGAGGGCCUUCUCCACCUGCGCCUCCCACCUUGCCGUGGUCACCAUCUUCUAUAUGGCCAUGAUCUUCAUGUAUGUCCGACCACAGGCCAUUGAUUCCCGGAGCUCCAACAAGUUCAUCUCUGCUGUUUACACCGUCCUCACCCCGAUAAUCAACCCCUUGAUCUACUGCCUGAGGAACAAAGAAUUUAAGGCUGCCUUGAAAAAGGCUCUGCGCUAG